AUGGGUUCCCCGUCGGAAGACUCCUUCACCGAUAUUUACCGAAGAUUUUUUUCACUCGAAGAAGACGCGGAGGAGGAAGAAGCAGUUACGAGUGCAUCCGGGUGUUUUAACGAUAUUAAUACGUUAGAGGCUUCACCAUUAUUAGAGAGCUACAUUUAUGGAACUAUACCAAAGACCGGUUUUCAUGCGAACAGGAACGACUACGAGCAUGGCUACUAUUUGGGCGAUGGUUUAUACCCGGAGUAUUCGAUUAUUGUUAAAACGUUUUCUGAAACGUUCGAUGAGAAAAAAAAAGCGGAUUUGGUUGAGCAUGCUUGGGCGAUUCACCCAAUGCGAUACAACGGUGACGACGAAGAAGAUUCCGAGGAAGAACAAGGUGAGGAAUUCGAAGACGGGAACUUUGAAGACGUAGGUUUGGAUGCUGGAGAAAACGAAGAGGAAGAAGGAGAGAACGACAGUGAAGACGGAGAAUAA